AUGGAAUCUCUAAAUCUUUAAGAUAUCGGAGUAGUAUUCAAUACUGAGAGCUUUGGACCUGUCUCCGCCCAAUAGUGGGAAAACUUUGAUGGCAAAAUAUAUCAACCAUACAAUAAAAGGGAAAAGAUUGGAAAAAUCGCUGAUUUUGUGACAACAAUCGCUCAGCAAGCUUUAGUUAAUGCAAAUAUCGUCACCUAGGCAUAAGCAAACAAACAAAAGCCAGUUACAGUGUCAGGUCCAGCCACUGAACUUCUCAACGAGGAGGAGAAAGGAUUCGAAUUAGUUGAAAGUGAUAAGAUUAUCAAGAAACCAAAGCCAUAAACUGCUAUUUAAAACAAGAGAAACCCCAAUUAAUACCACAACUAAAGAGGUUAAUAAAGAAAUUGGAGAGGUGGCAGAGGUGGAAGAGGUGGCUACCAAAAAAAUAAUGAUUAUGGUGGAUUCAUUCAUCAAUGGCAUGGAAAGAGAGGAUUCAGAGAGGCCUCCAUCGAAGUAAGAGGUGACUGGCCAGUCAUUGAAGAACUCAGCAAAAAUUAAUUGGAAAAACUUAACCCUGUCUCAGCUAAUCUACUGAAUACUUUAGUUCAAUGUGGAGAAGUCCAUGCAUACAAUAAAGAUUUUGAUAAGUCAAGAACUACUAAGCCCUACCCUUUAAAUCACUUCAAGGGACAGAUAUUCAAUUUCUAAACUGUAGACGAUCCAGUCAUUCAAAGAUUGGCAACUGAGAAGAAAGCUCACGUUUUCGCCACUGAAACUGCAGUAGCUGCAAUCAUGACUGCUCCAAAGAGUUUGUACUCUUGGGAUGUUAGUAUCAAGAAGUAUCAAGAUAUUCUCUUCAUUGAUAAGAGACCUGAGGAAAAUAUCUUAGACUUAUUAACUGUCAAUGAGACCUCUUAAGACAAUCAACCACUAGAUGAUGAGAGUAUUAAUGGAGUUAGAUAGCUUAUGCAAGAAGCAGUGAGAGUUAAUAACUCAUGGAAGUAUCAGUAAUACAAAAAGGACAAGAAGGUAAAUCUCGCUGAGAAAGAUCCAUUCAUUGAAGUUGAAGAUCAAGUUGCAGCUAGAUUAGGAUAUAUGUACAAAAUAUGGGAUAUCGGCAAUAAGAAAAAGAUCUGUAUUAGAUCAACUGUCCACUCAUACUUACAAAAGCCAGGACAAGAGGAAGAUAACUUGGAAAAUCAACCAAAACAAACUUAUCAAAACACUUAUGCCUUCCUCGAGUAUGAAGCUAACAAAAGUAACUGGAAGCAAAAUCUUGACAUGAUGAUGGCUUAAUGUUUAACUAAAGAGGUUCAGGAUAACUCUACUAAAGUAUCCAGAUGGGUAGUAGAGAGUUUACUAGCUGGCGUUGAGCACAUUAAAUUCGCCUUUGUUUCCAGACAAAACAAUAAGGAUAACGCCAAGCAUUUAGUUCUAGGUACUUAUGGUAUUGCAACUCAAUCCUUCUCUAAUCAAAUUAAUCUUAACAUGCAAAACUGCUGGGCUAUAUUGAAGGAUACAAUUGAUGGGAUCUAUCACUAGAAUGAACCAACUGGGGAGUACAUUUAUAUGAAAGAUCCUAACAAGGCUCUUAUGAGAAUGUUCAAGGUCACAACUGAGGAAGAAGAAGAGGAUGAGCCAGAAGAAGAGUUAUGA